AAAUCAGCAUAUUUCCCAAAGAUGGCGGAGCAAGGUCCAAUGGCCAUAGCGAUGCGGCUCCGAAAUCAGCUCCAGUCCGUCUAUAAACUGGACCCACUGCGAAACGAGGAGGAAGUGAAGUUAAAGAUCAAAGACCUGAAUGAACACAUUGUCUGCUACCUCUGCGCUGGCUAUUUCAUAGACGCCACAACGAUUACAGAGUGCUUGCAUACUUUCUGUAAAAGUUGCAUUGUAAAAUACUUGCAAACCAGCAAGUAUUGUCCCAUGUGCAACAUUAAGAUUCAUGAAACCCAACCCUUACUUAACCUUAAGUUGGAUCGAGUGAUGCAAGACAUUGUCUACAAGCUGGUGCCUGGUCUUCAAGAGAGUGAAGACAAACGAAUAAAAGAUUUUUACCAGUCGCGGGGCUUAGAAAGAGUCAUUCAACCUGCCGGCGAUGAUGUUGCAGACAGUGCAGCACUACCUUUUACAAGCUUUGACCACUCUAAAGCUCACUUCUACAGAUAUGAUGAGCAGGUUUCACUGUGUUUAGAAAGACUAAGUUCAUCACUUUCUGGGAAAGAUAAGACAAAACUUACUCUCCAGAAGUUUGUGCGCUGCUCCGUGCGAGCGGAAGUGCGACACUUAAGGAAAGUUCUUUGUCAGAGAUUAAAUGUGGAAAAACACCAGGUCCAGAUGUUCUUUAAUAACGAGUCUUUGCCUGAUCACAUGACCAUGAAACGGUUAUGGCUUUCACACUGGUUUGGCAAGGCUCAGCCGUUAGUUCUUCACUACACCAUCAAGGACAAAAGGACCAGAUAGGAUUUGAUUUCAUUUGGCUGUAAAUAUUUUGUACCAUACAUAUUCUAUUUUAAUAGUGUUUGUGUAUAUAAACUUAUUUUCCUUGUUUUGUAUUUUUGAAAAUAAAUUUGAAAUUGAAAGAAAAAAA